CUGUCGCUUUCUAUGAAUACCACUAUAGAGGGCCGUGUUGCCUGUAUUUGCACCUGGGUUUCAAACAAUGAAGUCCAACUGCAGCCUUCCCAGCGCUGACAGGGAGAUUCAGUGAUGGUGCAAUAACACUAGAUUUUAUGUGCGCAGUGCUUUAAGAUACCACAAGAGGCCUCCCUUGCCAUACAAAUAAAAUAAUGCAACUUGGUAUCUUGUGCAGCUUUGGGAGCCGCUGCUAAGCAACCAGCACUGCAGGAUCACUCACAAACACUUUGAACUUGUUCAAUGGCAAUCCUAUUAGCAGCACAGCUGGAGAGGGGAGCAGGAAAGAGGGGCUUGAGGAGAGGGACUCUUGAACAGUAAUAAAAACAUUCGGCUGAUGUGGAUGGCUUCCGCAUUGGGAACUGUCAAAGAUGUAAAAAGUGCUCGCAGCAACGAUGAGUCAAAACUCCCCUCCUGCCCAUGGCAGGCCAGGGACGGACGCGGCCAACGGAGAGGACCAGUCCACCUGGGAUGCUAAGGGUUUCUACAACAAGCUGGCCCCCACCAAGAAACCUAAAACGCCGAACCCGCAGAAUGCCAUCACGAUCGCUGUGUCGUCGCGGGCUCUCUUCCGGAUGGAGGAGGAGCAGAAGAUCUACGAGGAGCACGGGGUGGAGGAGUACGUCAAGUACCAGCUGGAGCAUGAGGACGAGCCCUUCGAACCUGGGGCCGCCUUCCCCUUCGUCAAGGCUCUGGAGGCAGUGAAUGCUCGUCUGAGGGAGCUCUACCCUGAAAGCGAGGAGCUCUUUGACGUCGUGCUGAUGACGAACCACCACGCCCAGGUCGGAGUGAGGCUCAUUAACACCAUCAACCACUACAACCUGUUCAUCGAGCGCUUCUGCAUGACAGGGGGGAGGAGCCUCAUCGGUUACCUGAAGGCGUAUCAUACCAACCUCUACCUGUCCUCUGACUCGGGGAAGGUGGGCGAGGCCCUGGGAGAGGGCAUCGCUGCAGCCACCAUCUUCAGCCCUGACAAGGUGGUGGAGGUGUCGGACACUCAGCUGCGUGUGGCGUUCGAUGGAGACGCAGUCCUCUUCUCGGACGAGUCGGAGCAGAUCGUCAAAGCGCACGGCCUGGACAGGUUCUUCGAGCACGAGAAGGAGCAUGUGAACAGCCCUCUGGCACACGGUCCUCUGAAGGGGUUCCUCGAGGCGCUGGGGAAGCUGCAGAAGAAGUUCUACGCCAAGGGGCAGCGGCUGGAGUGCCCGAUUCGCACCUACCUGGUGACGGCCCGCAGUGCCGCCAGCUCGGGAGCCCGGGCCCUAAAGACCCUGCGGAGCUGGGGCCUGGAGACUGACGAGGCACUCUUCCUGGCGGGGGCCCCCAAGGGCCCGCUCCUAGAGAAGAUCCGCCCGCACAUCUUCUUCGACGACCAGAUGUUCCACGUGGAAGGAGCCACGGAGAUGGGCACCGUCUCUGCCCACGUGCCCUACGGAGUGGCACAGAGGUACAAGAAGUCUGCCACCAAAAAGGAGCCAGCUGGAGGCAAGUGAGGAAGCCACAGUAAAGGAGGAAAGGAGGUCUAAGAAGAGGCUGUGGCUCUGUGGAUCCGGCUUCAUCGAUACAGCAACAGACAGCCAGAGCAGGGAAGAGCAAGGGUAGCAGAAGCACCACCUGGACUGGAGACUUUGUAAUGUUAUUUUCAUAAAAAAGAGGUAUAUUUUAAAAAGGUACCUUUUUACAGAUAAUGCACUACACAACUAAACCAAAUACAGUGUGUGUUUGGGUAUUUAUUAUUAUUAUUAUUAUUAUUAUUAUUAUUAUUAUUAUUAUUAUUAUUAUUAUUAGUUCUUUCACUGAAGGGGCAACUCACCCACCUUUGCAAUGGUGCUCCAGUUAUUAAAAUCAUUUAAAAAGCAUAGAGAGAGAGAAUACUGUACAGCGCUGCUUUCUCAAGCAGUUCAGUCCAUUUGCUUCAAAUAAUUAUGAUCCCAAAACGAAAGCUAACCCCUAUUCUAAAGAAGGUCAUGGGGUUCAGACUUUUUCUAUGAAUUGCUUUUCAUCCGACAGGGAUUCUCAAUUCACACAUGCUGCAAAAGAAACUAGGUAAUCGCAUAAUUGGUGCGUUCACUGGGUAACGUGUUCAUUUCCCAACUACUCGUUCUGAAACACACCGAUUCUUUCAGGGGAGGGGCAUCAACCGAACCGAUUCACAAAACCGUUUUAAGAAUGUCCCCCCCCCCCCGCCCCGUCCCGCUUAUUAAUGUAAGAUGUGAACUGUGAGGUGUAUGUAGCUUUUAAACUUACCCAGCAGCUUAGUGCUGUCCGUCUAUCAGUCACAGCUAUGUCCGAAACACACUGAAUAACCCAGUUUCUAACCAUUUUAACCUUUUACUUCCAAACAUUUAUGUUGCACCUUCUGAUUGCCUAUUCCUUAAAGGGAAGAGUUUGUAGCUGAAAAUGACAUAUAUGUUUGCAAUAAUUGAGCUAUGUUGCCCACAAUACACACACACUGGUAAUGCACUGUAUCAGGGUGUGCUUCACUAUCAGGGUCACGGUGCAACGUUCUACAUGUGCUCUAUUAUACUAAAGUCCGUGUAGUUCCAUUUCUAGCCACAGGGUGUCACUAGAGCUUCAUUUCAGAAACAUUGCUCUGUUACAAAUGCAUUACUGUUUUGUAAACAGACUCAAAAUAUAUCCGUUGUUUUUUGCUUGUUUGUUUGUUUGUUUGAUUUACCAGCGCCACGUUCUUGAAAUACACAUCUGUAUGUAGAAAGCACUGCUGUAUUUUACGAUGACGAUUUUACAGCUCAAUAUUUUUGAAAUGUUUACAAUGAGAGUUAUUAUUUUAUGAGCGCGUCUUGUCUGCACUUGUUAUCUAGGUUGCAAUGAUCUGUACUGUGAGUAUAUGUAUAAGCUGUUGGGGAAUAGUGUUUGGGUAUAAAUUCAAAAUCUGCACUUUA